AUAAUCGAAAAUCAUCUACAACCUUAUGUGGCCAAAAUUACCAUGACUAAUUCAAUCUUGCACAAUGUGUGGCCGGGAAUACUUGUACUCUUCGUGGGACCAUGGUCAGAUAAAUUUGGACGGCGACCAGUGUUGUUGAUGGCUUUUACAGCCUCCUUUAUCGGUCACGUAAUAACUACAAUUUUGGUUAGCAUUUCCAAACUGGUGUCACUUAAUCCGUGGCUUUACUUAAUAGGCAGCAUUCCAUCCACGCUGGCUGGUGGUGGUAGCACAGUGAUGACUAUUGUCAUCUGUUAUGUGUCUGAUGUAGCCGAUAUGGAAAAUAAAGCAAAGCGGAUGUUCUACGUUGAUUUGGCUAUGGGUACUGGUUUGGUAUUUGGUAAUGUAUUGAGCAGUUACUUGCUGCGUCUGACUGGUGUCACAAUGGUGUGCGUCACAUCUGCUCUUCUCAUCUUAAUCGGCUUGCUGUAUGUUUUCUUUUUUAUUGGUGAAAGUUUAGAUGUUGAGAAAACAAGCUUUUCGCAUAAAGCCAAGCGCUUCUUCGAUAUCCUACUUAUCAAGGACCUUGUGAAAACUUGUGUGGCGCGUCGUCCAAAUUAUGGACGUGCCAUCAUUGGUUGUACGAUUUCUAUUUUAAUGGUGUCGAGCUUCGUUCAUCACGGCGAACAUGGUGUAUUCUACUUAUUCUUACGCAACAAAUUUAAUGUAACAUUGCAACAGUACACUUACUUCAAUGCUACGCAAAUAACAAUUAAAAUGGUAGGCUGCAGUAUUGCAGUUACGGUGUUAAGAAAGAUUUUCAAAAUACCCUUUGGCAUCAUCGCUUUGAUGGGUCUAGCCGGACAUAUGCUGGAAUGUCUAACCCGUGCUUUAGCUCAGAGCUUUUGGCAGAUGUAUGUGGCAUCGUCCUUUGGAAUUUUAUCAGGCAUUACAACUCCAAUGUUGCAAGCAAUUAUAUCUUUAGCGGUGCCAUCAAAUGAAAUUGGCAAAGUCUAUUCCUUGGCGGCAUGUUUGCAAACACUCUCGCCCUUAAUUGCAGCACCUUUAUAUACUUUCGUAUAUAGCCACACUCUUCAAACGUUUCCAAGUUUCUUUAAUUUUAUUAGCUCUGGACUCUAUGGGGAGAGCUUUGUUGUAAUGAUCGUGAUAUCCAUUUUCGAACGACGAGUUGCUAACCGACCAAGCCAAGCCGAAGAGGAAAAAGGGCAAACGAAAAAAUCCCUAUCGGAAGAGCCCAAACUGGAAAAACUUUUAGAAAAUAAUGUUUAAAUUAGAUUCGAGUAUUCGAGUGUUUUUGUGUGUUGCGUGUGUACUCGAAAUAAAUUUAUAUUUAAGAUACUGAGGAGUUAAAAAGAUAAUUAAAUGCACAAACAGGGGCAGGAAAUACAUAGUAGGUACUGGUUACUUUACAAAUAUAUGUAAAUGCAAAUAUGUACAUACACAUAUUUAUAUUUAAACAUACUGUUAAGAUCCUAAAUUAAGUGAGCUUUUUAUAUUACGGACCAAAAAAGGGGUGUCAUGAAACGAACGAAACUCACACAUAUCUACUUUUAAUGGCAACAAAUAAAUAAUUUAAUAUCUUUUAAGCUCAUUAAGUACUGACAAACACGACGAAUGUAUAUGAAAAAGUUUAGCAUAAUGAAGUUAAGAU